AUGGAGCAACCAGCCAACACCAAUUACAACCAAGGCUUGUGGAAAGAGAUUCCGUGGGAUUUCACCGAGGACUGCUCGCUCUCGUUAGGCAGCACCACCUUCCUCAUCGUAGCCUACAGUGCAGUUCUGGCACUAGGUCUCGUCGGCAACACCUGCCUGGUAUUCGUCAUCGCCAGGCACAAGGAGAUGCGCAAUGUCACCAACAUUCUCAUAGCCAAUCUGUCCUUCUCUGACAUCCUGAUGUGUAUCGUGUGUCUACCAGUCACGAUUAUCUACACGCUGAUGGACCGCUGGAUCCUAGGAGAGACUCUUUGCAAGCUCACGCCUUUCUUCCAGUGUAUAUCAGUCACUGUGUCCAUCUUCUCGCUGGUCCUCAUCGCAUUGGAGCGCUACCAGCUCAUUGUUCACCCCACCGGAUGGAAGCCCAUGGCCAGGCAGUCAUAUCUAGCGGUAGCGUUCACCUGGAUUACCGCCUGUUUAAUAUCCGCGCCUUUCAUCAAGUACAGCAUCCUCACGUUUCCUCUCGAUAACCUCACUGUCCCAUUCACAAUCAAUGAAAAAUUAGUUUGCAUGGAGCUGUGGCCGUCAGCUGAAGCGCGCCUGGCUUAUACCACCUCUUUGCUCAUCUUUCAAUACCUGCUCCCCCUUUUUCUCAUCAUGCUGUGCUAUCUGCACAUCUAUCUGCGGCUGCGCAGGAGGAAGGACAUGGUGGAUCGCGGCAGAAACACCACACAAAAGAAUAUCAAAGGCGCCACGAGGAUCAACGUCUUGUUGGUUUCCAUAGUGGUGGCGUUCGCUCUCUCCUGGCUCCCUCUCAAUAUCUUCAACACGGUGUUUGACUGGAACUACGAGGCCAUCCCAAAAUGCCGACACGACGUCAUCUUCUCCUUCUGCCACCUCAUCGCCAUGGCCUCCACAUGUAUCAACCCGAUCAUCUAUGGGUUCCUCAACAAUAACUUCCAGAAGCAGCUCAAAUCCACCCUGUUGCACUGUCGCUGCUGGGGUGUCACAGAGCGAUAUGAAAGUGUGCCGCUCUCCACUGUUAGCACAGAGGUCACUAAGGGGUCAGUCCUCAGUAAUGGCUCCAACAGCAUCAAUACUUAA